AGAGGACCCGGGCUGUGAGGCGGCACACCGAGGGGGAACUCUGAGGGAGCAGGAUCGCAUCAUGGACCCCGCCAGGAAAGCAGGUGCCCAGGCAGUGAUCUGGACUACAGGUUGGCUGCUGCUGCUGCUGCCCAUGCUGCUCCAAGCCAAACCAGCGAGGGCUGUUUUGGAGGUUUUUGCCUCUAAGUUUUACUCUGGCGGGGCCUACCCGGCCCUGUCUUCAACGCCCGGCCUGUGUGUGUCUCCCUCCUCAGCUAAUGUGACCGUGUCCCUGCCUGUCCGGGGUUGCGUCCAGGACGAGUUCUGCACCCGGGAUGCGGUGACAGGCCCCGGCUUCACGCUCAGCGGCUCCUGCUGCAAGGGGUCCCGCUGCAACGCAGACCUCCGCAACAAGACCUUCUUCUCCCCGCGAAUCCCGCCCCUGGUCCUGCUGCCCGUCCCUCGGUCCACCACUCCGGCCGCCACCACCCCGGUGGUCACUACCUCCGCCCGAGCACCGACCAAGCCCGUCUCCACCACCAAAUCCAGCCCCGCCUCCGCCAGCCAGACCCCUCCGAAGGCGGUAGAACCCAAGACGGCGCACAAAGAGGAGUCCAGCGUGGCCGGAGGCGCCUCGGGCCACCAGGACCGCAGUAAUAAGGAGCAAUACCCCACGAAAACGUGGGCCCAUAACCAAGGCUCGGCAGCGCCCGCGGCCGGGCUGGCGGCUCUUCUGCUGGCGGUGGCUGCUGGCGCCCUACUAUGAGCUCCUCCUCCGCCUGGGAGCCUCCUCCCUGCCCUCCUGCCCUAGCCCUGGGUACCCUCCCCUCUCCUCCCCGCCACUGGACUGGGCUGGCCCAGCCCCUGUUCUUCCAUUUACCUCACUCAGUACCCAGCUUCCGCUGCGCUGGCUUGCGGCUCCGGGAAAUAAAGGGACCUUUGUACAUAUCCUCUGGGUGUUGUAGCUUUUUGAGGCAGCAAACGUAUCCCCCGAAUCCUAGUCUCUCCCCUGUCCUCAUGGUGAGGAGAGUAGUUGGAACUGUCCCCGGGACUGCGGGAGAGACCAUGAUGAGCUUUCCCAUAGCCAACCUGGAAGGUGGGGGGCCGAGCGGGGUAGCGGGUCCCUCCUCCGCGGGCGGCGGGCCCUGCCCGGCAUCUCCGUGGGAACGGUCUCAGCGGCUGUCUUCCCUGCUAGACUGUGAGCUCCUCAAGGGCAGGGACCGAGCCUUAUGCCUCUGUGGUCAGUUUCUGGAACGUAAAGGCCUCAAUAAAAGUUGGAUUACUUUGUA